UGCGGGGCGGUGUGGAGCUGAGCUGAGCUGUGCUGUGCGCAGGCUCGCGGGGUGACGCCGCUGCCGUCGCUAUGGCUGCUCAGGUUGUCAAACUUGCAGCCCUUCCAGUCAGCCUGGGGCUAAUUCCAUUCCAAGUGUACGCUUCAAAUGAAAGCAAACAGGAGAAACAACUAAUUAGGCCUGAACAGCUUUCAGUUUACACUGCACCGCACACAAACUUCAAGUACAUACAGGAACAGCCCGGUCGUCUUGAAGAGGGUCUUUCUGUCGUGAGACAAACUAUUCAACCAUAUGCAGCAAAGUGCAAGGGUGCAUAUGCUGCUUUCAGAAUUGGCGCACAAAAUACUGCUGCAUUUGGAAAAAAUGCAUACGUCUUCCUCAAGAACCCACCUUCAGGAUUCUUGCCAAGAGUCAGUGUGAUAACUGUAUCUGGAUUAGCUGGAUUGAUCCUGGCAUCAAGAGGCUCCCGGUUUAAGAAGGUGUUGUAUCCUUCAGGACUUGCCACUGUAGGAAUGGCCAUUUGUUACCCUCAACAAGCAAUUGCAGCAGCAAAGUUUUCUGGUAAGAAGGUAUCUGCAGCCAGCCAAUGGGGCUAUGACGCUGUUGGAUCUCUCUGGAAAGGCAAUGCUGAAAAGAAAAAGGAAACUAAAAAGAAGCCCAGUACACAGAAGGAACCGCCAAAGCAGGAGACGCUUAAUAAUAUGGGAAGCACCAAAUCCCAAGCAGCACCUUUGUCAGAGGUUUUAUCUCAAAAAUCAGUAAAUACAGAAGGUUCUCUUGUGCCAACAAAAGGAAAGGAGAAUAAAAUACUUGACCCUAACUUGAUGGACCAUGGUCAGUCACAUCCUGAAGAUAAAGACUUGUACAGUACCCGAAGUUAAGGCUCUCUAAUGACUGCACAAGAUGUUUUACAAUGCUUAGGGUCUACCUCAGCAAUGGAAUAAAUUGGUACACAAAUAACCAUCAAUUGGUGUGACAAUCCCUUGCUGUGUACAAGUUCCUUUACUAUAUGUGCCUAUUUAUCUGUGAUGUGAUCAAAACAAGUCAAUUAUGAAUCUAGCACUUGAAAAGAAAAUUAUACAUUUUAAGUGAUGCAUGCUUAUGUUUGAAGUCUCCCUCUAUUUGCCACUUUAACAGACUCCACCUUGUAUAUAAAAUAAAACAUCAAAUACCCGCAGACUCACGUUGCAGGGAAUA